UGAUUGCGGAAAUUCUGAGGUAAACAUUCACCAAUCGCCAAGAAACACACUGCAGCUGAAGCAAGAACAGCAAAGACGCAACUACAACUGCGACGAGCAAUCAGCACCAAUGCCGCUGCUUGAGCUCCACACCAACGUGAACCGGCCAGAGAAUGUGGCCGCAAUCGUGGAAGGGCUUUCGGCCCUUCUUGCGGAAGCAACUGGAAAGCCCCUGCAGUACAUUAUGGUGAGGACGUCCUUUGAUGAGGCAAUGGCCAUGGGCGGCACCACGGCCCCGGCAGCCUUCCUUCGUCUGUCAUCGAUUGGCAAGAUUGGACACAAUGAGAACAAAGGCUACUCGGCCAAGAUUUGCAAAUUCCUCACCGAGCACCUGGGAAUCGAGGCGGAUCGGGUCUACAUCAACUUCGUGGACGUAUCCCGUGCCAACUGGGGAUACAACGGCGGUACAUUCGCCUGAGCAGCGGCCGCAUCUUGCUGGCCAGAGGCCAACGUUACCGACUGCCUCGGUGCUGUGCAUGUUACUCCGCAUUAAGGGGAAGGGGCCAUGUGUGUGCAUGGAAGUAAACGCGUUGAGAUGACA